AUGAUUGAAGAGAAAGAAAUGGUCAUGGUUUCACCAACAGGUGGAGACCCAUUUAUCAAAACUGCAUAUUUUCUCAAACCCAUUCUCCCUGAUUCCACCAUUGAUGAACCUCCUUUUGAGCUUUCCCGGUGCUUUUCCUCCAUCCCAUCCAGUUUUGACCCGAAAAAGCUGCAUCUUAAUGUGCGUGCAUGGCGUCGCGACCACCACGAUUUGCAGAGUUGGUUUCUUCACUUGGCUCCUAGGUACCAGUCUACAUGGAAGAAAGCUGGUGUUUAUGAAGCCAUCAUGAGUUCCGUUUACAAAAUCAAAAGGUCAAAGAAAAAGGAUUUGCUUUGUGGGCUUGCAGAGAGAUGGUGUUGUGGGACCAACACCUUCGUUUUCCCUUGGGGUGAAGCAACAAUCACAUUGGAGGAUGUUAUGGUUUUGGGAGGCUUUUCGGUUUUGGGGGAUUCUAUUUUGAGUACUCUUGAAAGCAAAGAGCUGAGAGAAAUAGAAGAGAAACUUGAGAAAGAGCGAAUGGGACUUUACGAUUACUCUGCUGGGGGUAGGACUGCUGGCACAUACCUAUGGAUGAAGAAGUUCGUGAAGAGUGGGAAUCACCUCGAGCACGAAGCAUUCCUUGUGUUUUGGUUGUCCAGGUAUGUUUUCAACUACAAUACUGAUUUAGUAAACAAGGCUGUUUUCUCCAUUGCAAUACGUCUAGCUAGGGGGAUUCGAGUUGCGCUUGCACUGGCUGUUCUUGCCGGCAUUUAUAGUGAUUUGAGUCUGCUGAACAUGACAAUUGUAUCUUCGAAUGAGUUAAAUGUCAAAAAUGCUUUUGUAAAACUCACACUCAAGUCACAGUUUCAGUUAGUUCAGGUUUGGGCAUGGGAAAGAUUUCUGGAAAUUAGGCCAAAGUCCAAGGUUAUAUGCUGUGGUGAGCCGAGAUUGGCUCGAUGGGAUGAAGUAGAUUGUCUGAAUGUUAAAAGGCUUGAAAAUGUCGUUCAGGUGUUAAAAGAAAGUACUUUUGGGAGGAGUCGACUUAUUGGAAGUUAA